AUAAGUAAAAACAUUAAAUUAAAGCUAAAUUCUUGUUUUGCUUUUUACAUGGCUCGGGGUUGCACCAGCCGGUUGCGAGUUCGUUAACAUGAACAUCAGUCGCGAACUCAGUGCCUGAGGAGAUGGCGUCUGUAGAACAAACACCAGCGGUUUAUAUUAUCGCGAUCUUCGCAAUAUUAUUAUGUGAAGUGCAAGUUAACGGCCAAGUUUUCUAUGCUCCACAAAUUGAAGCUUUGUCACCCACCGGCUUGAGACUUACCUUUGAGAAUACCGGCUUUACCAAGUUUGUAUUUAUGGGGCACAUAAACAGACAUAUCCAACUAGGAGAAGUAGGCAGCAUUUCAAAGGCGCUUGAUACUCCUCCAGAAGCCGAGACACUGACUUUCACAUUGAACGUUCCUUUAAAAAUUGGGGACACAAUAUACUACUAUAUCUUUUUCGAGUCCCAAAAAGGGACUGAACUCCUCAUCACCGAUCUCGAGUAUAAAGUCACAAAAUUUCUUUAUCAAGAUAAUAGGCCAGCGGAACCAGUACCGCUACAACUGCCCCUAAGUACAGAGGAAGACAACGAUGACAAUACGAGCCGGACCCCUUCUUUAUUCUGCACUGUUUCCAUUACUGAAAUGAAAGGCAAAAUUGAUGUUUGUGAGGGGUCUUUGAUAUUUAGUGAGGAAUUCUCUCAAGAACACCCGAGUGAGCUGACGCAAUGGGAUGCCCUAAACCAGUUUAUUGGUGAACCGGCCUAUUCUUUCAACAUGUACAGGCCGGAUGAAACGAUCAGUUUGAAAGAUGGUUUCCUAGUCAUCACUCCGAUCCUCACUGAGUCAAUAGUACCUCCUCUGUUACCACCCCUGGAUUUAUCUGACAGAUGCACAGGCAAGCUAGACACACUGGAAUGCAAAAGAGAUGGCGCUGGGAUACAAUUGAUACCGCCUGUGAUCACCGGCAAGAUCACUACGCGCCGCACUUUUAGCUUUAAGUACGGGAGGGUCGAAAUACGAGCUAAACUACCUGCUGGAAAAUGGAUUUUACCAGAAAUUAACCUUGAGCCUACAGACUACAUCUAUGGCUGGGAUAACUACGCCUCAGGGCUGGUACGAAUCGCCUUCUCUCGCAACGACGUAGACCCUGGUGUUAGAAAUUAUGUCUUGGGCGGACCAAUAUAUAGUGGCAGCAAAAUAUACAAUGCUCUAUUUUUGGCGACAGGCGAAGACGACAAUUAUUUUAAAUACUUCCACAACUAUAGUAUGACUUGGACUCCAGAGAUAUUACGCUUUCAAGUGGAUGGGAAAGCGACUCGCACUUAUGGCUAUGAUAAAAGCAACGCUGAAGAUCUGAGUUACAAAAUCAAGCACGCAUCAAAUUGGAAGAAAGGCACUAAGAUGGCGCCGUUUGAUGAGAUGUUCCACUUGACCCUCGGUCUUCGCGUGGGAGGAGUCAAUGAGUACAAAGACUCAGAUAGCAAGCCUUGGAAGAACUUAGCCAGCAAGGCUAUGAUUCAGUUCUGGAGGGCAAAAGAAGAAUGGCUCCCUUCGUGGUCUUACGGAGCUAUGAUGAUUGACUAUGUCAAGGUGUACGCUCUUUAGAUAAGUCAAGACCUAGUGUCUGUUAUGUUAAAUUGUACGAGAAUUUUAGAUUUGUCCAUUUUACUGUAAA